CCUUCCAUACUCUGCUGCCAUGGAGAUGCCAUGUUAAUUUAUCCAUUAACACUGACAUCAAUAUUUUAUUUUCAGAGAUGAACCCAUGACUAUGGGGGACUGGAACCUGCUGGGCAGUAUCUUAGAAGAAGUACACAUCCAUUCUACUAUUGUGGGCAAAAUCUGGCUCACCAUCCUUUUCAUAUUCCGAAUGUUGGUUCUUGGUGUCGCUGCUGAAGAUGUUUGGGACGAUGAGCAAGCGGAGUUCAUCUGCAACACGGAGCAGCCGGGAUGCAGCAACAUCUGUUACGACAAAGCGUUCCCCAUCUCCCUCAUCCGCUACUGGGUGCUGCAAGUCAUCUUUGUCUCCUCCCCCUCUCUUGUGUACAUGGGUCAUGCACUUUACAAACUUCGGUCCCUUGAGAAAGAACGGCAACGGAAGAAAGCCCAGCUCAAGGCCCAGCUAGAAGAGAUCGAGCCCAUAUUGGAAGAACACCGUAGGCUAGAGCGAGAGCUGCGGAAGAUAGAGGAGCAAAAAAGGGUCAGCAAAGCACCCUUGCAAGGGGCCUUGUUGUGGACUUACGUACUGCAUAUCCUCACCCGAUCAGUCCUAGAAGUGGGCUUUAUGGUAGGUCAGUAUCUUUUAUAUGGGUUUCAAAUGUAUCCACUUUAUAAAUGCACCCGCCCUCCCUGCCCUAACACUGUGGAUUGUUUUGUAUCCAGACCAACGGAGAAGACUAUCUUCAUGGUUUUCAUGCACGGCAUUGCAGCUGUUUCUUUGUUUCUGAAUGUCUUGGAGAUCCUCCACUUGGGGAUCAAGAAAAUUAAAAAUACCCUUUGUAAAAAACCCAAGGAGAUGCUUGUAGCUGCUGCUAAGGAUGCUAACCUGUCCAACUCCAAGAAGAGCUCAGUGAUUCAGCAGAUGUGCCUGAUGCCCAAUUCCUCUCCCCAGGGCAGUUAUAAAUUCAUACCAGAGCAGCAAAAGGGGCGGCCAACUUACCUGACUCCUGAGGAAGCGUACGCGCCCACUGAACAAAACCAGAACCCAUUCGGUGUGGAGCAACAGUGGUGCAGUAACCAGAGAAGCAGACCGAAUCAGCACCAGGACCAGCUCCAUCACCCAUACAGGCAUUUAGAACAUCCCAGUGAACGUGAUGAGCAGCACAACAGACAUCUUCCCAGGCACCUCCCGAACCUCACCAGCCAGCGGCAUGAUCAUCAACCUCAGAGUACAUCUUCCAGCAGUGAGGACAUCCAGAAGCCUCCACAGCAGGGCGUCAACAACUAUCGGCAGAAUGAACAGUAUGCACUGGAACAUUCCAAGAACCCUCAACAUGCCACAAAAGCAUCCAUGAUCCCCGGCCAUAUGGAGAGCCCCCAAGCUGCUCUUCGGAAGCACAGCCGGGUGAUCAGCUGCAAGGGCCUAGGAGAUGAUCGCUGUGACUCUCCAGACAGUGGGCUUUAUCAGAACCGCAAGUCCAGCUUUUUGUCCAGGGUAUUGUCAGAGAGCCACCUGGACACCAACUCAGAGACUUCAGACUCACGGAACGAUUCUGGCUCAGAAGCAAAAUGCAGAGAUGAUAGUAGUCCUCCUAUCACGCCACCACCUCCUUCCACAAUGGGACGCAGAAUGUCAAUGGCAAGUAGACCCAAGCGACCUUCCUUCUAUACUCUGCUAGUGUGA